AUGAAGCUGGCAGCAUUAGAGAGACAGAUCUUUGACUUCCUUGGUUUCCAGUGGGCUCCUAUCCUUGGCAAUUUCCUACAAAUAAUAGUUGUCAUUUUGGGGUUGUUUGGAACUAUCCAGUUUAGGCCUCGAUACAUAGUUGUGUACACGGUGUGGACUGCCCUGUGGGUCACCUGGAAUGUUUUCAUUAUCUGCUUCUAUUUGGAAGUAGGCGGACUUUCUAAGGAAACCGAUCUCAUGACCUUCAACAUCUCAAUGCACCGCUCUUGGUGGCGGGAACACGGUCCUGGCUGCAUACGGAGGGUGGUGCGUCCUUCUGCCCCUGGCAUCCUAGAGGAUUACUCCUACAUCUCCGUGACGGGCUGCAUGAUUGAUUUCCAGUACCUAGAGGUCAUUCACAGCGCUAUCCAAAUACUCCUCUCU